AUGGAGACGGUCCGCAUCAUCAAUGACUCGCGCUGCUAUGGACACGACUACUGGCUCGCUGAUUUCCGCAAGCUCAAGCGCCUGACAUGGAUACCGCUUACAUGGAGAGACGAUCUAGACGCCCUUGCCAUGGGCUUGGAGAAGUUUGCGCACCAGCUUACUCUCCUCGAGCUCGAUAUAUUUGAAUAUGAGAGGAAAGGUAACGGGGCAUACCGGCCAUACUAUGCCAAAUCCCAAGAAGAGCGCGAUAGACCAAACUAUUUUGCCUGGGACAUCCUGGGACUUUCUGCGGACGAGAAGCGGUGUAUAUUUCAGUCACUCGACCGGCUCUACCUCUGUGGGGUUCCGUUCGACACGGCGGAGAUGGAAAUGGCGCACGCGUUCAACUGGAGCACGAUACGAUCAUUACAUCUCCGUUUCUGCCGAGGCUGGGCAGAGUUCCUACAGCAGGUGCUAAAAUGCAGGCGAAAGAUCAACCUCAGAUCUCUGACCCUGGAACCAUCUCCCACCCUCGAAUUCCCAGGAGAAGAAGCCGAGACAAUCUGUUCAUUUCUCGGUGCCUUUACCGGUCUCCAGGAGCUUUUCCUCUCUACAAAUGAGCAAUACGGCACGCUGAAUAUCUGGAGAGCCGUGCUCCAUCACAAAGCCACCCUCAAAAGGUUCGUGCAUAAUCAGCGCGUCCCAGCCGACUUUUGGGACCCAGACUGGGACGGCAGCGAGGAACCUGCACCUCAGCUGCCAUUCACGCUGGAGGAAUACGAUAUGAUGUACACGGACCCGGCGAGUAACCCUCUCUUCGAGCUGGAUCUGGAGUUCCUGGGACUGACUGUCCUUCCUGCGGAUUUGAAAUACAUGCUAUCCCCCCUUACCAAUAAACACACCCUCCAUCUCCUGCACAUCCGCCAAGCCGGCGGCUACAGCGAUCAAUACGGCAGCUGGGGCGUUAACCACUCCAAUGGCCGCCCCGAGGCAUCGCCAGGCCUCGUAGAUUUCGGCAAUUGGGUCUUCGGGCCCGACGGAAUUGCUUCGCUAAAGGGCUUGGCGUUUGGAGACUUUAGCUAUGGGAAUCGGCAUAUCCAUGAUCGGUACCUGACUAUGAUUGAGUUGACUAAUCCGCCGCUGGAUGUGAAAUUCGCCGAGGCGCUGGCGGCUUGUCCACAGGAUGAGUUGAAUGCUUUGGAUUCUUUUCCGUGGAGGCUUGAGUAUGAGUAAUGGAUGAUGGGUCAGGUAGUUGUGGGAGUGGGGUUCUGAUGUGCUGCAUACGAGGGUUAUAAUCUUAUGUUGUACGCUACUAAAAUGCCGAUACUACAAUA